GCUGCGGCCGAGAGGAGCCUUUUUAUUAGAGCUCUCUCAGCCUACGUUCCUCAGUGCCGCCGGGGAGUAGGGCCAGGUGUUGGGAGAACUCCCACGUGGGACAAGAUGGUGUCUUCGACCCAGGUGAACUUCAACCUGCAGGCUCUCCUGGAGCAGCUCAGCCAGGAUGAGCUGAGCAAGUUCAAGUCUCUGCUCAGGACAGUCUCCCUGGGAAACGAGGCCCAAAAGAUCCCCCAGAAGGAGGUAGACGAGGCGGAUGGGAAGCAACUGGCGGAAAUCCUCAUCAGCCACUGUCACAGCUACUGGACGGAGCUGGCGACCAUCCAGGUCUUUGAAAAGAUGCACCGAAUGGAUUUGUCUGAGAGAGCAAAGGACGAACUCAGAGUGCUGCGAUGCGACGUAAGUCGUAAGAAUGGCACGGUGGCAGACCUGAAGGAACUCCUGUGCUGUCUGUACGAGUCUCAGGAGGACGAGCUGGUGAAGGAGGUGAUGGCUCAGUUCAAAGAAAUAGCCCUGCACUUAAAUGCAGUAGACAUCGCGCCGUCCUCAUUCUGCGUCAAGCACUGUCGAAACUUGCAGAAAAUGUCACUGCAGGUGAUAAAGGAGACGCUCCCGGAGAAUGUCACUGCGUCUGAAUCCAACGCUGAGGCUGAGAGAUUCCAGGAUGAUCAGGACAUGCUCCCUUUCUGGACGGACCUUUGUUCCAUAUUUGGCUCAAAUAAGGAUCUGAUGGGUCUAGAAAUCAAUAAUAGCUUUCUGAGUGCCUCCCUAGUAAAGAUCCUGUGUGAACAGAUAGCCUCUGACAACUGUCAUCUCCAGAGAGUGGUGUUCAAAAACAUUUCCCCAGCUGAUGCUCAUCGAAACCUCUGCCUAGCUCUUCGAGGUCACAAGACUGUAACGCAUCUGACCCUCCAAGGCAAUGACCAGAAGGAUAUGCUUCCUGCAUUGUGUGAGGUCUUGAGACACCCAGAGUGUAACCUGCAAUAUCUCGGGCUGGUGUCUUGUUCUGCUACCACUCAGCAGUGGGCUGAUCUCUCCUUGGCCCUUGAAGCCAACCAGUCCCUGAUGUGCGUAAACCUCUCCGACAAUGAGCUCCUGGAUGAGGGUGCCAAGUUGCUGUACACAACUUUGAGGCACCCAAAGUGCUUCCUGCAGAGGUUGUCGUUGGAAAACUGUCACCUGACAGAAGCCAAUUGCAAGGACCUUGCUGCUGUUUUGGUGGUCAGCCGGGAACUGACACACCUGUGCUUGGCCAAGAACUCCCUCAAGGAUACAGGGGUGAAGUUUCUGUGUGAGGGCCUGAGCUACCCCGAGUGUAAACUGCAGGCCUUGGUGCUGUGGAACUGCGACAUCACGAGCGAUGGCUGCUGCAGUCUCGCAAAGCUCCUCCAAGAAAAAUCAAGCCUGUCGUGUUUGGAUCUUGGACUGAAUCACAUAGGAGUUACCGGAAUGAAGGUCCUGUGCGAGGCUUUGAGCAAACCACUGUGCAACUUGAGAUGUCUGUGGCUGUGGGGAUGUUCCAUCCCUCCCUUCAGUUGUGAAGACCUCUGCUCUGCCCUCAGCUGCAACCAGAGCCUCAUCACUCUGGACCUGGGCCAGAAUCCCUUGGGGUCUAGUGGAGUGAAGAUGCUGUUUAAAACCUUGACACGUCCCAACGGCACCCUCCAGACACUCAGGUUGAAAAUAGAUGACUUUAAUGAUGAACUCCAUAAGCUGCUGGAAGAAAUAGAAGAAAACAACCCACAACUGAUUAUUGAUACGGAGAAACAUGAUCCCUUGAAAAAAAGACCUUCCUCUCAUGACUUCAUGAUCUGAAUUCCCCCGAGUCACUCAUUCUCCAUGAAGUUGUUGAUCUUCCAGGUGUUGGUGAACUGCCUGUGGCUCCUCUUCUCCCCCGCCCCCACUCCUCAGGGAUAAUGAGUUCACUGCUAGGCUAGAUGUUUCAGCCAUGGUUCUGCCUCUGUUUUACACGUGCACACGUCCUUAACUUUGUUACAUAUGAAAUAUCUGUAUCACGGGUACAUUGAGAGAAAUAAAGGUGAGAGCAUUCACAAA